AUGGCAUUCUACGAGGAUCCGACUCGCUCUCCUGCAGUUACUGUCAAGACUGCUCCUAUCUUGAACACUCCCGAUGACUGGGACGAAUGGUAUCGGGCGUUCAAGUAUGAAGCGCAAGCUGACGGUUCCUGGCAGUAUGUCGACCUCUCGAGACCCGAACCUCCUCUCCUCCCAGGUCCUCCCGAACUACCUCCCUACACUGAAUCGGACACACUUACACAAGAAGAGAAGUGGGCGUUAGACAGGAAGGAUGGGGAUUGGCAAAGGCAGACGGAGAUCUAUCGACAGCAAACGAUUCUCGUUCAAAGACUGAACGACCGAUUUAACAGGACGGUGUCAUUAGCAAACCGCCUGUACUUCGAAGAUGAAGUCACUCCAUACAGACGGCUGAAGGCCUUGAAGGGACGGCUGAAGGCCUUGAAGGAGCGUCAUCGAGUGCCGCCAGACUCGAGUGCACUUCGGUGGAGCCGUGCGGAAACUGCAAAUGGCGACCGACAUAGGGCCGCCGCGUGUUCCGGACGCUCAGAAAACACGGAUCAACAGCACACCGUGUCGCAACGAGUGCCUCUAGGGCUAAUCGACGCAAAUCGGAGACGCGGACAUGAAUUAUCUCCGUACUCUAUUCAGGCUCUAAUAUCGGAGAUGCUCGAGACGUGGGCGCCUCAUGAAAGGUUAUAA